GCUCAAUUCACACCAUCCAUCUACUGCCUCCCUCCUCUCUGUCUGUGUGUGGCACACUCACUGGGGUGGCCUGCCUCUGUACACUGCAUGCACUGCAAACAAAACCGGCCGACCGCCCAGAAAACUACACACAUGACCUGCCUGCCGACUCACUGCUCAUUCACUCAUUCGGACUGCCAGUCUGACAGGUCAACCCCUCCCUCUCUCUCCCGUGCCUUCCCCCCGCUGUCUUUCUCUCGUCUUUUGGCCUUCGCGCCGUCCCUCUUGCUGCUCUUCUUCGCCGCUGCGGACCCUGCUUCUGCUGCUGCUGCUGAUUCUGGUUGCUGUCCGUCGUCUCUUUUCACCUUUGUUGUCACCUCUCCUGCAGUCUUCUUGGAAGCGCUGCCAGGAGAGAUGCUGCCAGUGGUGUAUGUCUUGUUGAAGGUCUCUUCGCUCGCGUCGGGCGAUGCUGUCUGUGUCGCGUUUGCGGCCUUGUCGCUGUCUUUCCCCCCUCCCCUCCGCAGGAAGCCCAGCAGCCCCUUGCCCGUCGUCGCAUUCCUGCCCGUCUCAGCCUCGGUCGCAUUCAUCAUGGUCGUCUCGUUGGCCUCCGUGCGCGUCAUGUUUGCCGCCAGCUCUUGAGCUUCAGGGGGCGCGAGGAUAUCCAUGAUCUCCUGGGCAAUGUUGGCCGCCUGCACGUCUGUGGAUAAGGGCGGUUGCGCCAUGGGAGUGGUGGCGUUGAGAGAGAGUGGUGGGGCGGUGGGUGUGGGAGGUCCUUUGAUGCACUUGGCGAUCAGGCAGCCGCGGCCCACCUGCCGGACGUCAACCGUCUCGAAACCAGCCCGCCUGACAUAGCAAGAGGGGGCGAAUGUCGUGUGUGGCUGUCUGUCCGUCCGUCCGUCCGUCUGUCUGUCUUGCUGGCUGACUUGAGGUAGGUUUUGAGCUCGUUGACGCUCGAGAAGUAGAAGAAAGAGGUCUGGCGAGCGGCCAGGCCAAAGCCAUUAGAGCCAGUCCAGCCACCAACCCUGACGACAGACAGACAGACAAACACACCCACACACGUAUUCGCACACACACGUGAAGAAAUGGAUGUGUGGUGUUCUGGCGGCUCACUUGAAUGUGGUUGCAUAGAACCUCCCUCCCGGCUUCAGGGCACGAUACACCUCGUAGAGCGACUCCUCCAGUGACGGCCAGCAGUGCAUCGCCGCACCAGCAUGGAUCACUGAACACACACACACACACACGACCAUCCACUCGACACAUGCAUCAUCGUGUAGUGUGGAGCUCGCCCUCCCACCGACCAUCGAUGGAUUCCGUCAUGAAGGGCAGCCGUGCGACGUCACACCUGACCAGCUCCGGCCUCUGGAUGCCUUCCCGCACAAACCCGCCCCAGGUCUCUGUCAGCAUCGCCUCAGAAAAGUCCGCCGCGAUGACGCGCCCGAACCGCCCGCUCUUGACCAGACGCCGCGCCAUGAAGCCGGGACCACAGCUGAGGUCGAGGGCCACCGAUGACGGACCUGCACGAAAGGGAAAGAGAGUGCGUGUCCGCCGUGUGUGUUUGGUGUGGUUGUGUGGUUGUGUGGUUGUGUGGUUGCCGACCUUCGUUGGGUGAGAAGAAUGGUUGUAUCUCGGCCCAUUCCUUGUCGAUGCCGGGGAAGCCAGCCCUUGCAAAGUUCUGCCGAUAACCCCUGAAACAUACGCAGACAAAGACACAUACACACACGUGCACGUCCACAAGAAGCGGAGAGUGUCCGCCAUGUUCUCACCUCUCGUAGACGAAAGACAGCAAAGGGUUCCUGAAGUUCUGCGUCUUGACGAGCUCCGACACCGACUGCUGCCACACCGGCCGCUCAGACACCUCCCGCGGCACCAAGUCGACGUAUAUCGGGUUCACAGGGUACCUGCACGAGUAGCGCUUCGCCUUCCGAUACCCCCGAACCACCAAGUUGUUGACCACACGCUCGUACUCGGUCAGCGGCUCAAGCGCAACGGGAUCUGCCAGCACCGACUCCUUGCCUGUGGCAGGCUCGUUGCCGCCAUUGCUGCUGAUCUCCACAUCGGAUGGCGGGGCGCCGGCGUCGUCUCGCCUGCUCCUGACGCGGCCGCCGCGUGGUGGGAGAGUGGUUGCCUUGCUGAGCAGUCUUGUGUGGGUGUGUGGUGUGUCGAGAGAAGGGGAGAGGGAGGGGGAGAGCGGCCGGAUGAAGGAAGACAGUGCAUGGCUGGUCAGGGGCUGAAGAAGCAGGAAGAUGCCAGAGGUGGCGAGGGCGAGAAGGGAGGGCGGGAUCAUGCUGCUGGAAGAUCUUGACAGCUGCUGACGCCUGAUGCCUCCUGCGUCUGCCGCUGACCUGCAAACUUGUG